UGCGAACUUUCCUACGUUCCACCGCCUGGCCCUCAUCCGGAGCCGUGAGUGGAGCAUGGAGCGCUCAGAUGUUGCAAGAAGGGACAUGGUGAUUCUGUACGGAGAGGACGCUGGUGAGUGGAAUGUAUACUUGAAGGAUGAGUUCCUGCAAUACCUAGACCCAGAAGGUGUCUGCAGUUUCCAGAUCGGCCUGCUGGAGGAUUUGCAGACUGCUGCCCACACACUGGCUGACUACAGGUGCAAGUUUCUGGUCCUGACCUCAGGGCUCCUGAAGUCAUUGGACAACCCCCAGAGCCAGCUCCUCGGCAACGUUCUACAGCCUCCUGCCACAGUGGUGCUGCUUCUCUGUGGAGUUCCCAGCUCUGAUGAAUUCCAUAACGUGCUACCUGUGGAGAGGAGGUUCAAGGAGGUGUCGGCUGAGCAGGAGCCUUGGGAAUACGUGUCGAUGGUCAUCAGCAUUGUCGAGUCAGAUCCCAUCCCAGUACCAAAGCUGAAAGAUCUUCGCCCAGAGAUGGAGGUGACAGAAGAUCUCACUGACAUGCUUGUAAACCCUGAUGACUUCACAGAGCCUCUGCUAGUGAUGCCCACCCAAAUCCUGUGUAAAAAUGUGACGAAGAUAUACCUGCUCCUGAAACACCACCUGUCCCUCGAAGAGAGGCCUGAGGUUGAGUUUGUGACAGGCACCCAGCAACUGAAAGUGCAAGCCAGCAUGUUGAACAGCCAGACAGUCUGCGUCCGAUCUGUGGACCUCCCCGCCGGCCCUGUGAUACUGAAACUCCGCUGCCAAGGAGCCCUCCUGGGCAGCGCCCAGGUGAUCUACUUCAGCCAAGUGGAAAAGGUUAAACGUCUGCUGCUCAAGGUCACUGACCCCGUCCAGUUUAUCUGCCAGGCAUUCCAGAUUUCCACCCAGACCCAACUGGAUGAUCUACUCACCAAGUCACUCCAGAAUUCCCUGCCUUCCAGUAGGAUCGGAGCAUUUCAGAGCAUCGGAACCGAUAGCCACUCUCCUCCACACAAUGAGGAGGAUUAUGAGUGUCCAACAUUGCUCCACUUCGCUGCCAAGAAUGGAUUGGAACGCCUCACCACCCUGCUCCUCGACUGUCCUGGAGCAAAGCAAGUCUCAGCCCUCCUCAACAGCCACGGAGAGAAGCCAGGGGAGGUGGCCAAGAGGUACGGCUUCCAGCGUGUCCACGAACUGAUGGAUAGAUUCAUGGAGUCAACACAGAGGGUGGAGGACCAGUAUGAGAAGGGGCUCGAACCCUCCCAGGGGGGAGAGGAUGAAGAGAACAUUUAUGAGAAAAUGACUGGCCUGCUAAUGGCAGCAGACAAGUUUGAGGGAGUAUCCAAGUCGGAGGAGGUAGUCAGCAAGGAAGAUCCCUACAUCCUGUCAAUGGACAAGGAAGAACAAUACAGCACUGUGUCCCCCAGCAAAGACCGAUUCACCACAGCGAGACCCAACAAAGACCGAUUCACCACAGCGAGACCCAACAAAGACCGAUUCACCACAGCGAGACCCAGCAAAGACCGAUUCACCACAGCGAGACCCAGCAAAGACCGAUUCACCACAGCGAGACCCAGCAAAGACCGAUUCACCACAGCGGGACCCAACAAAGACCGAUUCACCACAGCGGGACCCAACAAAGACCGAUUCACCACAGCGGGACCCAACAAAGACCGAUUCACCACAGCGAGACCCAACAAAGACCGAUUCACCACAGCAGUGACCAAGGAAGAUUGCUAUACCAUAGCAGUAGAUGAGGAAGACCCCUACAUCCUGGUGUUGGGCGAGGAAGACCGGUACACCACAGCAGGACCCCAGAAAGCCCACGACACCACAGCAGUGGAUGAAGAAGACCCCUACGACCUGGUGUUGGAUGAGGAAGACCGAUACACCACAAGGGUACCCAAGGAAGACCAGUAUACCACAGCGGGACCCCAGAAAGCCCACGACACCACAGCAGUGAAUGAAGAAGACCCCUACGACCUGGAGUUGGACGAAGAAGACCGAUACACCACAAGGGUACCCAAGGGAGACCAGUACACCACAGCGGGACCCCAGAAAGCCCACGACACCACGGCAGUGGAUGAAGAAGACCCCUACAUCCUGGUGUUGGGUGAGGAAGACAGGUACGCCGCAGUGAGACCCAAGGAAGAUCGGUACACCACAGCAAGACCCAAGGAACACCGCCACACCGUGGCAUUCGAUGACAAUGACUACACCACAGUGGUGCCCAAAAAAGACCGCAAUACCACUGCAGUGGACGAGGAAGACCCCUACAUCCUGGUUUUGGGUGAUGAUGACUAUAACACCACAGUGAGACCCAAGGAAGAUGGGCACACCGCGAGACCUGAGGAACAUUGCCACACCGUGGCAUUCGAUGAUGACCGCUAUACCACAGUGGUACCUAAGGGACGUCGCUACCCUGUGGAGGUAGAUGAAGAAGACCCCUACACUCUGACUUUGGAUGAAGACCUCUGCACCACAGCAGUACCUAAGGAAGGCUGCUAUACCAUGGCAGAAGAGGGGGAAGGCCCUGGAACCUCAGCAUUGGACAAGGAAGGCCAAUAUGACAUGGUGAUACCCAAGGAAGACUACUACACUGCAGUGACCAAGAGAGACUGCUACAGCAGAGCAGUAAUGAAGGAAGACCGCUACACCAGGACGGUAACCAGGGAAGACCGCUGCACCGUGGACAACCCGUACGAUUACACUCAGCCACAGCAGAAGAGCAGCCCAGACACUCGGAAGGAGAGUCGGCCGCCAGCACCCAUCCCUCGGCCUGUCGUCUUGUCAGAGGCCCCCAGCGCGCCGUUCAUAGCUCAAGUCUUUCAGCAAAGGACGGGCAGGGAGAUUAAUGAGCACAUCUACGGGAUCAUGGCAAGAGAUAUGAAGACACAGAGAGACAGAGAGAACAUCUACAGUCUGGCUGCUCCCAUGAGACAGGCCCCUGGGCCCCCCAAGUUACCAAACCUGUAUGACAAACUGCCCAACGUCCGGUAACCAGUUGUGAUUUCGGAUUCCGGGAAUGCUCUUCACCCUGCUCCACCCACCUGAAGGAAAACUCCAGCGGAUGAAACGUCGGAUAUAUUGACCAAAGGGAAUCAAACAAAGUGAAUAUAGGGAUGGCAGUGUGCGUGCGGUCAGCGUUCACCAAUCAUCUGCGAGGACCACCUGUUGUUGCCUCCCCCACCCGCCCCCACCCCCAAUCUCUGGGAAGGGAGCUUCCCCUCCCUGCUGUCUCCUCAGGAGAGACCAUUCAGCCCAUCACCUCUGUCCUGGUUCAAGGUGUUGGAGCUUGAUGAAGUCUGACAGGAACCACAUGGGGGCCAAUCAAACAGAUGGUGUUCAGUGUCUGACCCCC